UCCUCUUCAUCAUCUUCUCAACCUUCUCUCUAUCCACUUCCCUUUUUGUUUCACUGAAACUGUUAACAUCUUUCACUCUUUUAAAGCUAUCGAUCUUUUUCUUUCUUGUCUUCUCCACAAACUAAAGAAAAUAAAAAAAAGAGUCAAAUCUCUCGAGAUGGAACUCAUCCCUAAUCUUCCCUACGACGUAGCUCGCGAGUGUCUCCUGCGCUCUUCCUACAAACAGUUCCCUGUCAUCGCCUCCGUUUGCAGAGGCUGGAACCGUGAAGUGUCUCUCUCUGAGUUUUUCCAGCAACGACAAGCUUCAGGACAUAGCCAAGAGCUUCUUAUCAUGUCGCAGGCUCGUAUCGAUGCAGACAGAGAACCCGGAUCCGGAAAGAAUUUCGCAUCGCCCGAAUACAGAGUCGCUGUUCUUGAAUCCGGGUCGGGUCUCUGGACGGAGCUUCCUCCGAUUCCGGGUCAAUCCAACGGACUGCCUCUGUUCUGUAAAAUGGUUUCUAUCGGGUCGGAUCUUAUUGUAUUGGGUGGGCUUGAUCCGGUUACAUGGCAGGCCUCUGAUUCGGUCUUCGUCUUCAGUUUUCUCAACUCUAAAUGGCGCGCGGGGGCUAACAUGCCAGGUGUCAAGAGAUCAUUCUUCGGAUGCGCUUCGGAUUCGGAUCGGACGGUGUUGGUUGCCGGAGGACACGACGAGGAGAAGCAAGCGCUGACGUCAGCGAUGGUGUAUGAUCUAGCAGAAGACAAGUGGACGUUUUUGCCGGAUAUGUCGCGGGAACGAGACGAGUGCAAGGCCAUAUUCCACGCUGGCAAAUUCCACGUCAUCGGUGGAUACGCCACGGAGGAACAGGGGCAGUUCAGUAAAUCUGCUGAAUCCUUCGAUGUGUCCAUGUGGCUAUGGGGUCCAGUGAAAGAGGAGUUUCUCGACGGCGGGGAAACCGUAAGCACUCCGAUAUACGCUACCACCGCCGAAGACGGAGAUCUGUUUGCGUGCUGGCGUGGAGAUGUGAUGGUUCUGAAAAAUGACACGUGGCAGAAAGUAAGCCAGAUCCCUGCUGACAUGUACAGUGUGGCCUACGUGGUAACGAGGUCGGGGAAGUUGAUUGUGAUCGGCAACGGCAAGACUUUGGCUGGUUAUAGUGGCUCCACCGUAGGGUACAUAUGUGAUUUAAGUAGCUUUCGAUGGGUAAAAUUAGAAACACAUGUUGGUCAUGUGCAAGCUGGUUGCUUCUUGGAGGUCUAAUAUGAAAUCCUUCAAUCUCUGGAGUUUAGUCAAAACCGGUAGGUUUUCUUGGAUGUUAGUGCAUAAAUCUCUCUUUCAAAGGAGUAAAGAAAUGUAGUUGUGUGAAUACAUAUAAAAAUUAUAUGAUUGUAUGUUUUCCAUUUAAAAUGUGACAUCUUUUUUAUUCGACAAAUCAAAUAUAUUGAUAUUACAAAGA